GUGCAGGUGAUCGGGUUCUUUGAGAAGAGGCAGAUCCAGGUGGUGCACGUGUCCGCUGGUUGGGACCACUCGCUCGCCUUGUCCCGGGAGGGCGAGCUGUGGGGCUGGGGCACCAGCCUCUACGACCAGUUGGGCUUCGGAGACUCUCUGCACGUCCUCGCCCCCAGGAAGAUCCCCGUGCUGCCCCCCGGCCAACGGCGCCGGCCCACACCCGUGCGGCUGUACGUGCCUCAGCUCGACGCGGACGAAACGGUGACCCACCUCGACUGCGGGGCGUUCCACAGCGUCAUCGCCACCAGCAAGGGGCGGGUGUGGUCGUGGGGCGCCGGCGACUGUGGUCAGCUGGGCGCGCGGCCCACCACCGCGGGCGGCAGCGCCGUGCUGGUGGCCUUUCCGCGGGAGGGAGGGACAGCCCUCCCCGCCGUCGACAAGCUGGUCUGCGGGGCCUACCACUCCUUCGUCCUCUCCACCGACGGCGCACUUUAUGGAUGGGGUCAGGGCACCGACGGGCAGCUGGGAAGCGGGCGACGGCACAACGAGCUGACGCCGAUCCGGGUGGCGCUCGCCGACGGCCAGCGCGUUACCGACGUAGGGGCCGGGUGGGGCCACUCGGUGUUCCUCACCACGCCCACUCGCCAGCUGAACGGUGUGCAUCGCAUACCGACGACAGCCAGCCUGGCUCCGCUGAGUGAUGAUGCCGGCCGGUGA